AUGGUUUUUUCUCUUUCAAAACCGCGCAAAUCUUUCAACAACCAAUGCAAAAAAAGCGGGUUAUCCGCGUGCCGAGCGGCCGCGUUGUCGACGACAAUGCUGACGCGUCGCAAAUCGUCUGUCGAGGCGGCGAACGCGAACAAAUCGGAGCGAAGACGACGCGGCGAGUCGAUCGGCGGCGCGUUCACCGACAUCAUCAAUAUUGAGCCGACGAGCAUCAUCAACAAAUCCAGCGAGCUGUUUCAUGAGCGCGCGCUUCGCGACAUGAUUCGCGCCGUCACCCUACUCUCGAUGGUGUCGGUUUGCCUUCACACACCGGAAACGAUCAGCAUGUGGCCGCCGCUUAAUUAUGUGAUUCUAGUUAACGACAUUAUAGUCAUGCUAAUAUUCAUCAUCGAAGCAUUAGUCACUAUAAAAAACAACGGGUUAAUUGAGACUCCUAAUUCAUAUUUUCGGGAUCGAUGGUAUCAAUUCGAGUUCUUCCUUCUAGUCAAUCAUUUAAUAUCCAUUAUUAUACAUACCUAUGAAUUGUGCUCCAUCUGGUUUCCAUCACUGAAUCUUGUGUACUAUCCUUGGCUUGGUGCUCUUCGAAGCCCACGACCAUUCAUCUUUUUGCGAUUCAUACGAUCAUUGGUUAAAUUCAAGUUGCCUAAGAAUCGCAUCAAAUUGAUAAUGAAACGAUCGUCGCAGCAGAUUCAAAACGUCACAAUUUUCUUCAUGUUUUUCGUGUUCUCAUACGCCAUCAUGGGUGUUCAAUUAUUCGGUCGCUUGAACUAUCACUGUGUUGUGAAUGGAACGGACCCCAAUAAUGUGACAAUUGCUGAUUUGGCGAUACCCGACACAAUGUGCUCGCAAAAGGGUGGAGGAGGAUAUGAAUGCCCGGGUAACAUGGUAUGCAUGCGACUACAACUUCGUCCACAGGAAGAAGGCUUCUAUGGGCAAUUCAGCGACUUCGCCUCGUCGCUGUUCACCGUGUACCUUGCUGCCAGUCAGGAGGGCUGGGUCUACAUUCUCUACGAUUGCCUUGACUCGCUGCCAUCGUUCUUAGCGUUUUUCUAUUUUGUAACAUUGAUAUUUUUUCUCGCGUGGCUUGUAAAAAAUGUUUUCAUUGCCGUCAUCACGGAAACAUUUGCGGAGAUUCGUGUGCAGUUCAGUGAGAUGUGGCAGACGAGAGAAGCGACAACGGAGCACUCGUACACGCAAAAAUUGGAAAAAGAUGAGAACGGAUGGAAGUUGGUUGAGGUCGACAAAUACCACCGUUCCAACACAAACGGCUCAUUCCUUUUGCACACGAUUCUCACUUCUACUGUUUUCCAAACGGUCAUGCAGCUUUUGAUUCUAGCCAAUGCAAUAUUUCACGCCACUUUUGUUUUCAAACAUGAUCAAACUGAUCAAAUACGCAAAGUGUGGUACUAUUAUGUCGAGGUCGGUUUCACAAUUCUUUUCAAUACCGAGGUCGCCGUCAAAAUUUACACAUUUGGCUGGAAAUCGUAUAUCGCUCGCGGCCAACACAAAUUUGACUUCAUCCUUUGUAUCGGAUCGAGCUUGAACGCGAUUUGGAUUCUCUAUGAGACGAACAUAUUCACAUAUUUUCAAGUGUUCCGCAUCGCUCGAUUAAUCAAAGCCUCGCCGAUGCUUGAAGAUUUUGUUUACAAAAUAUUUGGGCCUGGAAAGAAACUUGGCGGUCUCGUGAUUUUUACCGGCAUCUUGCUCAUUGUCACCUCGGCAAUUUCAUUACAAUUGUUUUGCUAUGUUCCGAAUCUUAACAAAUUCACCAAUUUCCCGGUGGCGUUCAUGUCAAUGUUUCAAAUUAUUACCCAGGAAGGUUGGACAGAUGUAGUCAUUGAGAUUCUUCGAGCUUGCAAUGAGCAAUGGGUGCCAUUCGUCGCCAUAUAUUUUGUCGGCUAUCAUUUGCUGGUGACUCUGAUCGUUCUAUCGCUGUUCGUCGCCGUCAUUCUCGAUAACUUGGAAAUGGAUGAAGAGCUCAAAAAAGUGAAGCAGCUGAAGGCGAGAGAGCAGGACACAAUCAAGACGACACUUCCGAUGCGUCUUCGGAUCUUCAAUCGAUUUCCCACCGCGCCGACGAUGGUGUCGAUGAAAAAGAUACCAUCCGAGUUUCCGCUGCCGAAAAUUCGCGACUCAUUCACGCGACAAUUCGCCGAUGAAUACGCGGACAGUUUUGAGGAUCCGCGGAAUCAGGAGCUCACAAUGAAGGUCCGCUCAAUAAUCACACCUAAGACUUAUGCCGCCGCAACCAACGAGAUGACUGCAAUUAGGCAUGUGGGUCAUUUGAGUAGCAAGUCAAUUCUCAAUUCAAUGCUCACUGAGUCGAAUCGCAAUCGGGCAUUGUUCUCCGAAUCGAAUCAACAUCUCGCAAGUCUCGCGCGAUCGAACACGCCAUCGAAACAGCACAAUAAAAUGGGAUUGUCGACAAAUAUGCGAUCCCGACCUCGUGGUCUCGCGUCGCUCAAAGGCAAAAGCAUGGUUGACGGAAUGAAGGAGAAUGGCGAUUUGCGCCCGGAAGACACGGCGAGAAAAGCGGAAAAACACGGCGAAAUCGACAUCAAGGCAUUGCAAAUGAAGCGCGCGCACGCGGAGAUCACGCGGAAUCGAAUCGAGGAGGAAAUGCGCGAGAAUCACCCGAUGUUCGAUCGGCCGCUGUUCGUUGUUGGUCGCGAGUCGCGAUUGCGUCGUCUCUGUCAGCUCAUCGCACACUCGCGGCACGAUCACGCCAAUUCGCAGAACAAGAAGCACACAAUCAAAUACAAGCAGCUUCACGAUUUCGUCGGAAUCAUGACAUAUCUCGACUGGGCGAUGGCAAUCAUGACAACGCUGUCUUGCUUCAGCAUGCUCUGGGAGAGCCCGUGGCCACCGACCGGAGAGAAUUUGAUAUUCAACAAUUUCUACCUACAAAUCACCGAAUAUCUAUUUGUGCUCUCGAUGAGCUUUGAGCUGAUUGUCAAAUGUAUUGCGAACGGCCUCUUUUUCACGCCUAAAGCUUUGGUAACGGAUGUCGGCGAUGUCAUGACGCUUUUCAUCUAUAUUACAAGCCUUAUAUUCGUCAUUUGGAUGCCAACUCACAUUGAAAUCAAUAGCUGGGCGCAGUUAUUGCUCGUCUGCAGGGCUAUGAGACCGCUUCGUGUCUACGCGUUGGUUCCGCACAUUCGGCGAGUUGUCGUCGAGUUGUGUCGAGGAUUUCGCGAGAUUCUUCUUGUCACAAUUCUUCUCAUCGUGCUCAUGUUCAUCUUCGCCAGUUUCGGUGUACAGCUUGUCGGCGGAAAACUGGCGUCAUGCAACGAUCCGGCAAUUACGAGCCGCGAGAAUUGCACGGGAAUGUUCAACAUCAAAAUUUUUGUGACCCGAAUGGAAGUCUAUGGGAAACACGACAAUUCGAUGCAUCCGACGAUAACGGUGCCGAGAGUUUGGACCAAUCCGAGAAAUUUCAAUUUCGAUCAUAUUGGCAAUGCGAUGUUGGCGCUAUUCGAAACAUUGUCAUAUAAGGGAUGGAAUGUUGUUCGAGAUAUUCUAUAUUUGCGACACGGACCGUGGGCCGUCGUUUUUAUUCACAUCUACGUGUUUAUUGGAUGCAUGAUUGGCCUGACACUGUUUGUCGGUGUCGUCGUCGCGAACUACACCGAGAAUCGCGGAACCGCCCUGCUCACGGUGGAUCAACGCCGUUGGCACGAUCUGAAGGCGCGUCUAAAAAUGGCGCAGCCUCUUCAUGUGCCGCCAAAACCGCCCGAAAGCGCCAAAAUGCGAUGCUAUCUCUACGAUCUGACAACGAGUCGAUCGUUCAAACAAUUGUUCGCCGCUCUCGUCGUCAUCAAUUCGUUCACAUUGGUGAUUCCAUGGAAUGAGAGCGAGGAGAAUGAUCGAAAAGUGUUCUUGUUGAGUCUCACGUUGAUCUCGGCAAUUUGCAAUGUGCUCUUCACCAUAGAAUGUCUUCUGAAAAUGAUUGCGUUCACUAUCAGCGGUUUCUGGCAGUCGAGGCGUAAUCGGAUUGACUUCAUCAUCACUUUGCUAGGGAUCAAUUGGAUAGUAUUCCACUUUGUCUUUCAACUACCUGCCUACUUUGCUGGCGGCAUAUCGGAAUGGAAGCGUCUCACCUACACCUACGGCUAUCUUGUAGUGAUUCUCCGAUUUUUCACCAUCGCCGGCAGAAAGUCGACGCUGAAAAUGCUCAUGCUCACCGUUGUCAUGUCAAUGGUUCGCUCCUCAUUCAUCAUCGCCGCCAUGUUUCUGCUUGUUCUCUUCUAUGCCAACGCGGGCGUCGUUCUGUUCGGAAUGGUGAAGUAUGGACAAGCUGUUGGCAAACACGUGAAUUUCCGCAACGGCAGAGAAGCGUUGGUUGUGCUUUUUCGUUCGGUGACCGGCGAGGAUUGGAACGACAUAAUGCAUGAUUGUAUGAGGGCGCCACCGUUUUGCAAUUGGCAUCCAGGAUUGAAUUACUGGCAGACAGACUGUGGGAAUUAUUUUGGAGCUAUUGUAUACUUUUGCUCAUUCUACCUCAUCAUCACCUAUAUUGUUUUGAAUCUACUUGUCGCUAUCAUUAUGGAAAACUUUUCCUUGUUCUAUUCGAGUGAAGAAGACGCGCUUCUCUCAUAUGCGGACAUACGCAACUUCCAGCUUGUUUGGAAUCAGGUCGACGCUGAACAGAAGCGCUCAAUACCAGUGCGGCGCGUCAAAUUCCUAUUGCGACUCUUGAAAGGAAGAUUGGAAGUCGACGAGCAAAAGGAUGCGCUUCUCUUCAAGCACAUGUGUCAUGAGAUGGAGCGCCUUCAUAAUGGCGAUGAUGUCUCAUUCCACGACGUGCUCAACAUGCUCUCGUACCGUAGUGUAGAUAUUCGCAAAAGUCUACAACUUGAAGAAUUGCUGCAACGAGAAGAGCUCGAAUAUAUUAUUGAGGAGGAGGUGGCGAAGCAUACGAUUCGAACUUGGCUAGAGAAUUGCCUGCGAAACAUCAAAGUGAAACAGAAUAAUAGUGUUGGAAAAAUGGGAUCAAUGGGCUCGACAUUCGCAUUCGCCACACCGUUGGAAUCAUCGGCGCUCAAAACAACAACGGUAUUUUCUUUGGAACUUGCGGCAGAAGAUGAAGCUGGAGUCGAGGGAAGUGUUGGAAGCGGAAAAAAGAAAAAGACGACAAGAGGGAACAGUAUAUCAGAGAUUGUUGCAUCAAUGGACUCGAAGAAAAGUGUGAAGCGGAACGAGAAAAUUAAAGAGCGACGAGGGACUCUUCGACAAAUGGGCACUUAUGACGAGCUGGAGGAAGUCGAGGAGGAUGAUGACAGCGAUUUGGACACAAGAAGGCCGUCGUUCGAGUUUCUGCAGGAGAGCGAUAAAAUGCUCUUCACUAGUGAUAAGCAAUUUGAAGAUGUCAAAACCUGGUGGUCAGUGUUUGGUUAG